AUGUACAUGAAGCAGGCUGUUCCGAAGGUGCACAAAGUGCUCCGGCGCGACCACUUAUGUAAGGAACCGAGAAAUGCGAAUAAACUGACCGAUGCAGGACUAGCUUAUUAUUUGGAGAAUGAUGGAGAUGACAUUGGUUCUGCAAGAGAGACUGACACCUACUGUAUUGAAUCUGAAGAUUCCGAAGAAGAAAUUCUUCAUGAGAGCAUCGCAGUUACGCCAACAGUUUUAAAACCAAUAUUACCACCAGUUCUACAACCUGUUAUACAACCAGUAUCACCAUCUGAUUUACCAUCCAUUACAGUACAGUCUAACCAAGUUCUUCCCCAACAGAUCUGCCCAAAAACCCCUUGGGAUAGCCCCCAAUACUUAAUUGAUUCAAAUGGUAUCAGAGUCAAUGUAGAAGGCUAUCGAUAUGACGAAAAUGGUUACAGAAUUGACGCAGAGGGUAACAGAUUUGAUAAAGACGGUUACAAGGUUGAUGCAAGAGGUUAUAGAUGCGAUACGAACGUAUAUUCACUACCUUUUAGCCUAAGUGCGGAGGGUUUGCAAUAUGAUUCAAGUGGCUUUCGAACUGAUUCAUUGGGUUAUCGAUAUAAUAAAGAUGGAUACCGAGUUGAUGUGAAUAGAAAUCUAUAUGAUUCAGAUGGUUACUUAGUUGAUGAGAAUGGUUAUCGGAUUAAUUCAAAUUUGGGAAACACAUACGGUCAAGUUGUUGAGAACAAUAAUCAAUAUGGUAAUAUCAAUACUGUAAAUAGCCAGCAAUCUAUCCAAUUUCGUUCAUUUAGUAAGCUUCGUUCAAAACCUUCAAGACAUUAUCGACAUAAGUCAGACGGUUACCUAGUUGAUUCAGACGGUUACCAAUAUGAUUCAAACGGUUUCAGAGUCAAUUCAGAAGGUUACCGAUACGAUAAAAAUGGCUACCGGAUAAAUGUAGACGGAAAUCGUGUGGAUAAAAAUGGUGAAGAAGUUGAUUCAUACGGUUACCGAUAUGACACGGGAAAAUAUUCUUCUCCUUUUCGCGUGAGUGCGGACGGUUUUCAGUAUGAUUCAAGUGGUUACCGAACUGAUUCGUCGGGAUUUCGGUAUGAUCGAAACGGUUACCGAGUUGAUGUAAAUGGUACGCGGUACGAUGCAGAUGGCAACGGAGUAGACAAAUACGAAAACCGCUAUAAUUCGCGAUAUCAUAUUGGUACGGUCUACAAAAUUAACUAA